AUGACACUCGCCUUCAAAACAGCCGACAUUCUCCACCUCGCCGCCCAAGCGCUAACCCACCUCAUGUCCGGCCAGCACGCGCUCCAUUCCCCCGACGAUAGCAAGUCCGCGCUGCAGCAGCUGGCAGUGACAGUGCAGGCGGCAGCGAAGCUCGCCGAGCUUGCGCACCCGGAGGUGUUGACGGCGCUGGGCGGGGUACCAGCCGUGUGGAGUGAUCAUGAAGUGCUUAUGGAGAGAAUUAGAGCGGAAAGGGAGAUGGUGGGGAUGAAGGCGGAGGCGGAAAAGGUGGGGAGCGAGGUGCAGGAGAAGGAAGGAAUCAACGCGGAAACCAAGAAGUGCAGAAUGGAGGGUGAGGAAGGAAUACGAGAGGCGGAGAAGCUAGACGCCCCAGCGGGGGAGGUGUGGAGGAAGACGGAGCGGGCAAUGGCCGAGGCGGACGCAGAGAAAGUGGGCAAGGAGACGUUGCAGGCAGCGCAGGUGACUGAGAGGACCAGGGUCGAGGUGGUGAAGGUGGUGAGGGAGAGGGAGAAGAUAAUGGCGGAAAGGGAGAGGGUGGGAAAGGAAGUUGAGUGGUCUGUUGCAGAGACGGGGAGGCUGAACGCCGAGGCGGGGAAGGUGGCUAGGGAGACGGAGAGGGCGAGGGCGGAGAUGGAGAGGUUCAAGGCGGAGACGGAGAGGCUGAAGGCGGAGACUAUGGUCGCGCGGAGUCAGAAGCUGAGGAUUGAUGCGGAGACGGAGAGGGCAAAGGCGGAACUCGAGCGGACGAAGGUAGAGACGGCAGGGGACGAUGAGAAGGCUGGUAAGGAGGCUGAGGGGGCGACGGCAGAGACGGAGCGGCUGAAGGCAGAAGCGAUGAUGGCGCGGAGUGAGGAGAUGAAGCUCGAUGCUGAGACGGAGAGGGUGAAGGCGGAGACGGAGCGGACGAGGGGGGAGGAGGGCCAGAAGAGCUUAGAGGCAGAGUCGGAGCUGAAGAAGCUUGGGAUGGAGAGAUCAGUGCAGGAGACGGAAAGACCAGAGCCCGGAAACAACACAGGAGGGCCACAGGCGGCGGGGGCGGUGCGUAAAGAAGUUGAUAAGUCGGUGCCAGUGCAGGAGGUGGAAGAGUCAAAGAUCGUGGAUUAUCUGGAUCAGGUGGAGGCAGAUAUCGCGCGGAAGCAGAACGAGCUCAAGGUUCAUAGGGCGAAUUUUGAUACCACGAAUGUAAAACGACUGACGGCGGAGAUUGCAAGUCUGACGUUGGAGGCGCGCAGGGAGAGGUCCUGGAGGAGGAUGUGGGGUACUUCAUGGAGUGUCUUGAAAACUUGA